AUGGAUAUGCUUGAACAGAGUCUGGACACCGCAAGCCAAGAAAAGCAAGAAGAAGAGGUUGUCCAGGCAUCUGAGGGGGAAGAGCAGACGUCUGUAACAAUAGCCAGUGUUCAGCAGGCUGCAGCAUUUGGAGACCACAACAUCCAAUAUCAGUUCCGCUCAGAGGGUGGCCAAGUGACAUACCGUGUUGUUCAGGUGUCCGAUCAGCACGUUGAUGGACGAGAUGAUGCAGGAGGAGCAGUGAGCGUCGUUUCAACAGCUGCUUUUGCUGGGGCUCCUCAGGCUGUGGCUCAGGCUGUGAUCCAAAACCCGUUUAGUAAUGGAGGAAGCCCAGCAGGCGAGGCAGUGGGAGGAGAGACCCGCUUUGCUUACUUCCCUGCAACCGCAGUGAGCGACGGGACCGUGUCAGUGCAGGCCACCUCAGACCCAACCCUCACACAGGCAGGGGGUCAGUUUUAUGUGAUGAUGACACCCCCUGAUGUCAUUCAAGCAGGCACGCCACGAACCAUCGCCCCACGCACGCAGCCCUACCCUGCAGAUGAAAACGAGCUGCUGCAACAUGAAGGUUUAAACUGGAAAAUGGAUGGACCGCGAACGCCACGAGAUGAAAGAAGACGAGCGCAACAUAAUGAAGUUGAAAGGCGACGAAGAGACAAAAUCAAUAACUGGAUCGUCACACUUUCCAAGAUGAUACCUGACUGCACUAUGGACAGCACCAAGACUGGAGCAAGCAAAGGAGGCAUCCUCUCAAAAGCUUGUGACUACAUCCGUGACCUCAGGCAAAGCAACCAGCGGCUGCAGGAGAGUCUGAAGGAAGUGGAGAGGAUACAAGUGGACAAUGCGUUGUGCAGGCAGCAGAUUGAGGAGCUGAAGAACGAGAACGCGUUGCUCCGAGCGCAGCUCCAGCAACACGGCAUCGAGAUGGUCGGAGAGACGCCGCCGCAAUAAUCGAGAUGAAAACAAUAGGGAGGAGCACCAACCACUUAAACGUGUCACUGAUGCUUUAGAGGAGGGGGAAAACAGCAGACGAGAUGAUUGGAAAAAGACUUGUGGAGAAUCACUUUGUUUUCAGUGAUCGCCGCCUCCUCCAGCUUCCAGGUCACGAACCCUUCACCUGCCAUUUGUGGCUGCACUUGACUGUUCCAGUCCUAUCGAGAUAACCACCCGUUGUGGCUCAGUAGAAGUGUUCUCCAAGAAAACAUGUCCUCUCACCUCUGUCAGAGUGCCGUACCAGCACAAGCAAUGAAAACAGAACCUCUGCUGAACUUCUCCUGUGAUUAGUAUGUAUGUAGCCUCACUAAUGGACUAUGAUUUUUGUUAUCUAGGUUUGAUAUUUGCAUUUCCGUUUUCUCCCCAUUCUUAAUUUUGUCAUAGUUCUUGCUUUUAUCCUGUUGGUGUUUUUGAGUUUUGUAUUAAUAAGUUGUUUUUAGGUCAUAAUUUAUUAGUCUGGUUGCUGAUGGAAGACUUGACGGAGACCAGUUACGUUAAAACUUGUGCACCAACCCCCACAGGAGCAGGCUGAAUUUUGAAAGUGAGAAAACAUCAAAGUUAGUAAAACCCGAUUCUGGAGACGAGAAUAAUGUGAAACACAUAUUUUACCUACAUCCAAAGACAAACAAGAGGCUGUGGAGCCGACGCCUCCGGGCAGAUUUAUGUAAAUACGACUUCUCAUGUUUAAUACAGAUGUUACAGAAUGUUAGAGCGGAUUAUGUCUGGGAGUCAACAAUCAAUAACUCAUUAACUCCAUGCUGGUCCUUCGUCACACUUAUUACCAUGAAGUGUGUGCAAUCUUGAAGCUUGAUUUGAGGUAAAAAAAAAAAAAAAAAAAAAAAGGAAAGAAAGAAAGACCGGGGUAUACUUGAAAUGUUGGGCAUUUGCUUGAUUGAAGAAAGUCAAAACAAAUCACUUGUAAAGUUCCUAAUUUUUUUAAAUUGUAUUUGAGUAAAGAGUAUGUGCAAGAGCAGAAUAAGCAGACAAUUUCCAAUGGAGCACUUCGGACUGCAGGCUGGAGAGCAACGCAGUACAAUUUUUUGCCAAGCCAUGUUCAGGUACUGUGGGUUUAUGGUUUUCGUCUUUCAUUCAUGUAUGGUUAAACUGUGUCUCAAAACGUGCAGGAAUAAUCCCUAUUUGCUUUGUUGCAAGAUGUUUGCCUGUAUUUUGGUGUUGCAAAUCUUCAGACGGAGCUCAUCUUGCAGGGAGGAAAGCACCCUGGAGAGCAGCACUCAAAGAGUCUGCUUACUACAAAAAAAAAGCGUGCGCAGAAAUUGUGAAAUCAUGAGCACGACUUCUCCAGGAAAUCUGAGAACAAUUCAGAUGGAAGCUCCCAUUUUUUUGACCAAUAAGUAACUGUGUAGCAACGAUUCAAGUCAAUAUUAACAUUGUUGACAAGUUUUUUCUGAAUGAAUAUACAUGAUGUAUUUUUUUUUUUCUUGCUUUUGGCAAAGGAAGUGAAACGGGGGAACAAAGCUAAAAUUUGGAGCUACUCAUUAAAGCACGAUUCUCCUUGUAUCAACAUCUCAGGAUCCAGCAAAGCAAAACCCAACACUGAAACCCCUGGCAAAAUCAGGCGGGCUGUCACAUUUAAAUAUCCAAGACUCCAUAAGUUUCAAACAGCAUUUUCAAAGCUUGUGCUUUGAAAAUGCUGUUCUGCUACAACUACUAGAUUCAGGCCUGAUGGAGAUGGUGCAGGUGGCUCAUCUAUCAAACGGGGCUCUCAGCCAAAGUUGAAUGAUAGAUGUGCAGUAGGAAUUCUUUUGGUCUUUUUAUUUUUAAACCACUCAGAGAAGAGCAGAAAAUGUAAAGAAUUAAAUAUUUGCUUUGGAAGGUGGAUCUUCACAAAUGAAAUGUCAUUUGUGUGUGAUUCUUUUGAUUUUUCUUUGCUUUUCUUUUUUUUUUUUUUUAAGUGGAAAGAGAGUAAAAAAGCAACUCCCUCUCUGUAGCAGCCUCACUGUUCUCAGGUUAGAGACAUCUUUUCUAAAUUAAAUGGUGAAAAAUAAAACUCACUUGCUGAUAGCCUUGA